AUGCAGAUCCACGUGAUGGAGACGUUGAUGGGCAACACCAUCGACCUUGACUUCAACAGCCUAGACACUAUCGACGGCGUGAAGGCCAAGAUCUAUCGCCUCAAGGGCUUUCUUGUAGAUCAGCAGUGCCUUCUCUUCGCCGGCAAGCGUCUAGAGAACGGGAACCGCACCUUGGCAGACCACAACAUAUGCAUGGAGUCCACGAUAAUCCUCGUCCUCCUCCCAUGUAUUCCAAGAGGACACAUGAUGCAGAUCUUCGUGAAGGGGCUAACUAGGAAGACCAUCACUCUCCAGGUUGGGAGCUCGGAAACCGUCGAUAGUGUCAAGGUGAAGAUCUAUGAGAGGGACCACGCCCCUUUCCCGAAUGUGCAACGCCUCAUCUUUGCUGGCAGGCAGCUGGAGGGAGGGCGCACCUUGGCGGACUCCAAGAUUACAAAGCAUUGCACCCUUUAUUUGACUCUUGGGAGAAGGGGAACAAUGAACAUCUUUGUCAAGAACCCCACCGGUAGAACCAUCCGGCUUGACGUUGACAUCCUAGACACUAUCGACAGCGUGAAGGCCAAGAUCUAUCGCCUCGAGGGCUUCCCCGUAGAUCAGCAGUGCCUCAUCUUCGCUGGCAAGCGUCUAGAGAACGGGAACCGCACCUUGGCAGACCACAAGAUCUGCAAGGAGUCCACAAUACUCCUUGUCCUCCACCCGUGUAUUCGGAGAGGAGACAUGAUCCAGAUCUUCAUGAAGGUGCUGACUGGGAAGACCAUCACUCUCGAGGUUGGGAGCUUGGACACCAUUGAUAGCGUCAAGGUGAAGAUCUAUGAGAGGAACUACGCCCCUUUCCCGAAAGAGCAACGCCUCAUCUUUGCUGCCAGGCAGCUGGAGAGCGGCACCUUGGCGGACUACAAGGUUCAUGAGGAGUGCACCCUUCAUUUGUGUCUACGUCUUCGUUGA